AUGGAAGAGCCAACAAAACGUGUGACUAGAGUCAAUCGUGGUCAAAAUAUGAAAAGACACAUUGAAGAAUUAUUAUCCAACGAUGUAAAAUACUUUAGCAGUCAAAGUACCGAAUCUACAAACAAAAAACAAAGGGUCGAGAAAGAUGUGAAGGUGACGAAAUCAGAUACAGAAGAUCAUGCAGAUACUAGCUCUCAGGAUGAGUAUGACGGUGAAGUGAGGUGUCGACCAUGCGGUGCCACAAAAGACAAUUACGAUGAAGAUGAAGAUACUUUAGGGGAUAUGGUACAGUGUGAUCAAUGCAAAACUUGGCAACAUGCAAAGUGUAUGGGAUAUAAGACCAAACGUUCAAUACCCAAUAUUCAUAAAUGUGAUGUUUGUACUGGAAAACCCAUACCACAAUCCAAACGAACCUCCAAUACAAAGACCAUCAAGGAAGAAGAAGAAGAAGAAGAAGAAAACGAUGAUGAUGACAUUAUUGAGAUUACUGAUGUUAAGGAAAAGAAGAGUUUUGCUAAUUUGAAGGAUGAAGUUAGAAUCAGUACUUUUAAAGCCUUCUACAAUUUUUUCAAAAAGGUUAUCCCUAAAGAUGGAGAUAACACUACCGAGGAAGCAAUAGAAUCUCGAGUCAAUGAUAUGGCAUUGGAAAUUGAAAGUAUAAUUCAUGAAAACUUUUCUGGAAAGGCUUAUCCAACAGAAGCAAGAAGGAUUUUAUUUGUUUUGAAAAAGCAUUUUAUGCAAGAAAUAUUUGAUAGGACCAUUACUUUUAAGGAUGUUGUUCAUAAAACUCCCCAAGAAAUCAAUGCAGAUAUUGCUAAAAUUGAAAAACAAAAUAAAAAAAACAUCAAAAACAUUAUUCUUACAGAAAAUGAUAAUACACAGAUUAUACGAAGAACACACAAGGGGGAAAUUAUUAAAGAGAAUGAUUUUGAGAGAUCAAACCAAAUUGAUGAGAGUAUUACCACAAGAAAAGUUGAUCAUCGUCAUUUUUCUCCAGAUAUAGUCCCAGAAUCCAACUUUAUAUCUCAUACAAAAUCUCAAAGCAAAAGUUACAAUAACUUGAAUCCAAGAUUUGAUGAAGAUGAUGAAGAAGAUACUGCUACUCGUGAAAAUGAAGAACAAGAAGAAGAAGAAAAAGAAGAAGGUACAAAAGCAACAACAGAGGUAGUGGAAUCAGAAAAUUCCGAGACCAACCAACUUCAAGGUGAAAAUAAGAGCACACCGAAAUCUUCAGAAUCAUUAAGUGAUGUUGAUUCACCCAACCACAAUGAAGCUGACGAUGGUCGUCUUUAUUCAUUUUUAUCUGGUGUUGAUAAUCCAGUUACUGGUGAAAGAAAAGUUGAAAACAAACAUGUUUGGUCUGGUAGAAUCACAUUUCCAGAAUUUGCUACAUUUAAAGCCAAAGGAGAAUUUUAUACUAGCACUGAUUACAAUGACAAACCAAUGGACCACUUAAUAAACACCACCAAAGAUAUUUUACAUUUACCUGCGUACACUAUUCUUGGACGACUCGAUAGACAUGUUGCUGAUAAGUAUUUACCAAAAGUAAUUGGAUCUCGAGAUUUUUAUUUUGUUCAAAUUUUAAAUGAUGAUGCCAAUGACGAUCAAUUUCAAAAAUUGUAUCAAUAUUUAUUGAUUAAAAAUAAAGUGGGUGUUUUAAGUGGCCAACCAUCUUUUGUAAAAGAUUCUUAUUUGAUUCCAAUUGAUUUCAGAGAUGAAAAUUUACCCCCAUUUUUAAAGAAUUCUCGACGUGAUUUAAGAAUUGGGUUGUUUGCAUUAUUUGUGGUAAGAAAGGAUUAUCAACCAAGAGCAAGAAGUUUUGAAACUAAUGGCAAUAAUCAUCAUCAACAUGCGAAGGAGAAGGAGAAUGAGGAGGAGGAGGAGGAGAAAGGAAGAAAUCAAUCUUUAUCUGAAGUUGGUCAUUUUACAUCUAAUGGUGUACAAUCAAUUGGAAAUAAACAAGAAACUCAAGAUCAUAGGUUGGAUGAUAUUUUAAGUCAAUUAAGCUGA